AUGCUCCAAUUUCAGACUACAUCUCGUUUGUGCGAAUUGCAUGUUCAUGUUGUUGGUGCAGAAAAACCCUGGCCAUGGCAGUGACGGCAAAUUCAGAAACCUCACAAAUCCACAGAUUCCCUCAAUACAAAUACAUUGACGCUGUUCGUUGGCUUCCAGUUCUAUCCGCAUUCAACCGAUUCGCCGUUCUCGCCACCUUCGAUUACGAUUCUGAUCUCUCUUCCAUCGAAAUCCACUCUUUCAAACCUAAUCCAAUCUCCUUCGAAUUCCAAUCUUCAUGGAACUCUCCUUCCCGAAUCUCUUCCCUCAAAGCUUCUCAGUUCCUUCAGAAAACAGUAAUCGCCGCCUCCACUUCCUCCGGCUCACUCCACUUCUUGUUCGCCGAUUCAUCCGAUGCGACGCUUGAAUCGGAGGUAUCUGUACCUGAGGAUGAGCUUCAUUCGGUUUCUGAGUCUUCUAUUGAUUUGAUGGAUGGUGGUGUGGAGUGUGUUACCGUUGGGGAUGAUGGGAGGGUGAAUUUGGUUACUGUUGGAAAUUCGAAUUUGAAUUAUCGUAGAUUGUUUGAUAGCGGUGGAUUGGUGUCGUACACAGCGGUCAAGUGGGCUUCGCCGGUUGAGUUUGCUACCGGUGGUUAUGGAUUUGGUCUUCAUUGGUGGGACCAGAGAAAACCGGGAGGUCCGGUUUCUCAGUUUAAGGGUAACUGGGAUAAAAAUUUGACUUCUGGGAUAGUGCACUCUAUUGACAUUCAUCCAUCAAGAAAGCACACUUGCCUGGCUGGUGGCUCCUUAGGUACUGUUUUGGCCUGGGAUCUUAGGUGGCAGCAACAACCGAUUAUAUUAUCAGGAACAGGAGCUGGGGAUGGCAACACUGCAGUCCAGUCAAUAUCUGAAAGUGAGGUUUGGGAGGUUCAGUAUGAUCGUUGCAUAAAAUCAAACACUUCGUCUACUCGGAUUUUGCCUUCCAUGAUAUGUUCAGAGGAUGGAAUUCUUGGCGUGAUUGAACAAGGUGAGGAAUCUAUUGAGUUGCUGGCAGAACCUUGUGCCAUCAACAGCUUCGAUAUUGAUCGACAUAAUCCAUUGGAUGUGAUAUGUAGUUUAGAAUGGGAAGCAGUAGCCAUAUUGACAAGACAAUAACAUUAACAAUCUUGUUUGUACUCUCGUGGCUUGAAAUUCAGAAUUCAGAAAGGGGUACAUUUUGUAGCUGAUGCAAGAACUGGAGCUUUUAAAAGAUUAUUAGUGGUUCUUUAUGGACCUAAGUGUUAUGUUCCUUUUGUAAAGCCUUUAUUUAUAUGAAAAUGGAUUUGGAAUUGGCGGAUUGCAAAAUAUGUAGCAUUAGUAGCAUGUGUGAGAGAGACUUAAAAAGGCGGGAAAUACUUUACACCCAUUUUAACUUCAAAUGUAUUAUUGGCAAAUGUGGGUGGGAUCAUUAUAACAGAUGUCAUUGUAUCUUCUUCUCAACUACUUAUGAUCCUAGCAUUUCCACGUUUUAUGACUGUUUUUUA